AUGGAAGUCCUGGCCACGAGCGAUUUGCUGCGCGAUGUCAACCAAAUGCACACGGCGUACUUCCCAACCGAUGUGAUGUUGUACUUUGAAAAGCAUCAUAUUUUUGAGAUAAUUUUCGAUUUAUCAAUUUUACUGGAUCGUAAACGACCCGAAGAUGUUCAUCAAUUCAUAGUAGACAAUAUUACAAAAAUUGCGAAAAAGUAUCGUAAAAUUAGUGUUUUUGUAAAUUGUCCACCAAACAUUGAAUUAGAGAAGUUUAUUAAGGUUUCUAGCCGAGUUCAACGAUCUCCAGUGAUUCAGAUGGUUCGACCAAAAUCCAAACGAAGUCUCAAGAAGCUUCCUGAACAGCUGGAGCGCUUCGGACUUCAAAAUAAAAAUAUUGUCUUCAUUGGGAAGGACUCUACGGAGAUGGAGGGAUUCAUAUCAAGAGAGUUUCAUCUGAAUCGCAAUAUAAACAUUCCACAUGAAGAUGAUGCGAAAAAUUCUGCCAAAGACCUUCUUCCAGUUGCAAUGCAUUUGAGAAAUACACUCAAGCAAUUAGAGCAACGACCAAAUCACGAAAAGGUGAAAUAUGUGGAACGAAUUGUAAUCAUCGGAAGGCCUGGUUCCGGAAAGCAUCGUCAGGCUAGGUUACUUGCAGACCGUUUGGAUCUAGUUCUGAUUUCAGUUAACGACUUGGUGGACAACGCAAGACGGAACAAAAAUUAUUUCCGUAAUACGCUGGAAAUUGGCCUCGAGGAUAAUGUUCACACGUCGGAGCUGAUCACAUCAAUGGUGCAGAAAAGAAUUCUGGAUCCGGAUUGCCUCCGGCUAGGUUGGGUGCUGGUUGAUUAUCCCAACACUGCCGAAGAUGUGGACAACCUUUUCAGUCUGCUGGUGGUUCCUCAAAAAGUUAUUCUUUUGCACACUAAUGAGAGAUUAUGUUGGAAGAGAAAAACUAAACAGGAGAAAUUUGAAAGGGAUGAACAGAAAGAUCAACAGUUCAAAGAAACGGUUCUAAAAGCUGAGUUCGAUUUCUAUGACCUGCACAAAACUCAACUGAUUGAUGCCAUCGAGAGACAUAAUUGCAUCGUGAUUGAUGUGAAUGGAAACCGUAGUGCGACAAAGGUUCACGCCGAUAUUUUAACGAAGCUGUUGACAGUUUAA